CCUACCUCUUCGUCCUCCCAGGACAGCAACAAGCACGAUCAAGCUGUCUCUCCCUGUCCCAGUCCCUCUCUCUCUCUCUCAUGAAGUUUUUCAUGGUCUUUUUGGUCGUCUUCUUCUCUUUCUCUUUUGCGACCAAAUCCAUCUGUUGUGAUUUCGCUCGAAAAUGGCGAAAAUCAACGAGCUUGAGAAGGAGGCGGUGACGACGGUAGGGGUGGUGUCGGGUCCAUUCCAGCCUGAGUACCUGGUGUGUCAGCAGAUGCACCACAUGAUUAAUUCACGGGGCUAUUGGUACUCUGAUCCGUUCGACUUCUCCUUGCCCAACCUUGCGUUCCAGAUCAUCUUGAUCUUCUUCACCACCCGGCUCCUCCUCUUCUUCCUCAAACCUCUCCGCAUGAAUCUCUUAAUGGGUCACAUUCUGGUAAUCUCCCUCCCUGAUAAUCGGUGAAACUUAGGAACGGAAAAUUAUUGCAUAAGCAACAAAUGUAACAGAUUGAUGCAAUAUAUUGUGGGUUUGCAGUCAGUUAUGUCUUUUCAUACAUAAUCCUUCGCUACAUGCGUGGAAUGUAUCCUGACGUUGUAUGUGGAAGCUCCUGCUUGGUCGAUGACGGAUAGAAUUAUUGAUCUUGUUUUUUCUAAUAGUUCUCUUCGAUGCAACCAGACAGGAAUAAUCAUCGGUCCGGCUGUUUUAGGUCGCAACACGACAUACUUUCAGAAAGUGUUCCCGCCAGGCAGCUUAGUUGUCCUGAUGACAUUAGCAUAUGUAGGGUUCAUGAUCCACCUCUUCACCCUCGGCAUACAGGUCGACCCCCGUGUGAUGAUUAAGACCGGGAAGAGUGCUGCCUUCAUCGGGUCCUCAUGCUUCCUCUUGCCUUAUGCCUUGGGCUUGCUCACCUUCUACAUGGUCAACAGCUUCGGCAACUUUGAUGCCCACUUGAGGCAGUCUAUGUCUAUGAUCAUCGCCAUCAAUUCUGUCUCCAGCUUCCCUGUCAUCACCUCCCUCCUGGCCGACCUGCAGAUCUUGAACUCGGAGGUCGGCCGGAUGGCCACGCAUGUGUCGCUUGUGUGCGACAUGUGGUCAUGGAGUGUGAUGCUGGUGAUCAAUGCCGUCCACUUGGCCAUACGGAACUCCAAGAUGGACUCCGUGUGGUCAGUGGUUUUCACGAUCGCGCUCGUCGCGGUCAUUGCCUUCGUCAUUCGCCCCAUUUUGAGGUGGUCAAACGAGCGUGCAAAGGAAGGGGAUGAGGAGGAGGCGCAAUUCUGCUGGUUAAUGGCAAUCCUGUUGUGUUGUGGGCUAUUGUCGGAGAUUCUCGGCCAACACUCGGGCUUUGGUGCAUUUAUGAUGGGGUUCGUAUUGCCAAACGGACCGCCCCUGGGAACGACCUUAGUGCCGAAGCUGGAGACCAUCUCCAGCGUGCUGCUGGUGCCGGCUUUCAUGGCCACGAGCGGGUUCCGAGUCCAUUUAGCGAGCAUGAAUGGAACAUCCUCAGCUUUCAUAGAGCUUAUCAUAAUGAUGGGAUACGUCGGCAAGUUCUGCGGGACGCUCUUGUCGGCCAUCUGCUGCGGCAUGCCGUUCUGGGACGCCAUCCCUCUGGGCCUCAUCAUGUGCUGCAAAGGCAUUAUCGAGAUUGCCAUUUUGGUCUUCUUGUACGAUAGGAAGGUCAUAAAUGGUCAGGUUUACAGUCAUCUACUCCUCACUAUGCUUGUUGUGACUGCAUUGGCGAGGCCCAUCAUCGCCUACCUGUAUGAUCCAUCCAGGAGAUAUAUGGUCGAAGGAAGGAAAACCUUGCAAGAAUGGAAGGAAGGGGUCAAGAUGCAAUUCCUGGUGUGUCUCCACAAUGAAGACCAUGUUCCCACCAUCAUGAACCUCCUCGAAGCCUCCCACCCCACUCCUCAUAGCCCUCUUGCCAUCUUCGUCUUGCACUUGCGAGAGCUCAAGGGCCACUCCACCUCGGUGCUCAUUCCCCAUCACCAGUUCCACAAGGCCUCCUCCAGGGCAACCAGCUACAACCACGCCAUCAACGUGUUCCAGAACUACGAGGAGCACAACAGUGGGAGCGUCGUUGUGCAGCACUUCACCGCCAUCUCGCCCUAUGCAAGCAUCCACAACGACAUCUGCACGCUCGCCUCAGAAAAGUGGACCAACCUCGUCAUAGUGCCCUUCCACAAGACGUGGACCAUAGAUGGGUCCAUGGAGUCGACCGAGCACUCAAUCAGGAAUGUGAAUAAGAAUGUGAUGAAUAAGGCACCCUGCUCCGUUGGAAUCCUCAUCGACCGGGGCCCCUUGACAUGCAACCAGCACGUGCUGAUGAGUGAGUCAGAGCCAUAUCGGAUAGCCAUGGUCUUCUUGGGUGGUGCAGAUGAUCGUGAGGCGCUCGCUUACUGUAUGCGCAUGGUCGAGCAUCCAAAGGUCGACCUAACAAUAGCCCGGGUCAAGAACGAUGACGACCUGAGUGGAGAGGAAAGCGAUCUUGAUCAAGAACUGAUAGAUUAUUUCCGGGCUAGUUUAGGCAAGAGAAAAGUAAAGUACAUAGAGGAGACGGCAAUGGAUGGGGUGGGGACUACGCGGGUGAUCUGCUCGUUCGAGGACGCGGUUGACCUGUUGAUCGUAGGCAAGCAUCAUGAUCCCUUGUCUCCGCUUAUCUCGGGUUUGACGGAGUGGAACGAGUACCCGGAAUUGGGGGUCAUUGGCGACAUGCUAGCGACUUCCGAUUUCCAGUUCUCCGUCUUAAUAAUGCAGCAGGCGCCUGUGGCGCUCAACCUGUCUUUAGAGAUGAGUGGACCUGAGAGUCACGGCCGCCCCCUGCACUAAUUCACUGCGGGCAAGGAAAUUGAACACAGAGAUUGGACGAAAGUUACACGAGCAUCCUGCUGGAUGAACAUAACUAAAACUAUCUUGCAUGCAGUGGAGUCGACACGGAGCGGCCUUGCGGUUGCUCCAUUGGCAUUGUAGAUGUUUUCUGAAAUGAAGUUCAAGCUAAAUGCCUUCGACAGUGCUGAAUUCUGUAGCGUGUUGUUAGAGAACCAUCUCCGGAAUGGUCUCGUUCCUAGAUUGAAUAUGCUUAUCAUUCGGAGCUGACAGGCGGAUACAAACCCAAAAGAAUUGGAAUAAGCUGAUGCAUUUCUUGAGCGAGUCCCCAAGAUCCUUUAACCCAAAAGAAUUGGAAUAAGCUGAUGCAUUUCUUGAACGAGUCCCGAAGA